GACGGGGCGGGGCGGGAGCGGGGCAGGACCGAGCUGCUGUGCCAAGGGGCUUCUGGCUGGCCGGCGGCGAUUGGCGAGAGCCCGGCCAUGUCCGAGUACGAGAUCUCGGUGGAGGAGCUGAACGACCUCCUGGCUAACGGGAGCGGCUGCUACAGCCUGCCGAGCGCGCACAGCAACGAAGUGGUGCCGCGCAUCCACGUGGGGAACGCGUUCAUAGCCAAGAACAUUAUGAGGCUGCAGCGUCUGGGGAUAACCCAUGUUCUGAAUGCAGCAGAGGGCAAGUCAUUCAUGCAUGUGAACACUAAUGCAGAGUUCUACGAAGGCACAGGCAUCAGAUACCAUGGCAUUAAAGCUAACGAUACACCAGAAUUUAACCUCAGUCGCUACUUUGAGGAGGCAGCUGAUUUUAUUGAGAAAGCUCUUUCGCAGAAGGAUGGACAAGUGUUUGUGCAUUGCCGUGAGGGCUACAGCCGCUCUCCUACCUUGGUCAUCGCCUACCUCAUGCUUCGCCAGAAGAUGGAUGUCAAGUCUGCGCUGAGCGCUGUCCGGCAGAAGCGAGAGAUUGGCCCCAAUGAUGGCUUUCUAAGGCAGCUUUGCCAGCUCAAUGAGCAAUUAGUGAAGGAGGGCAAACUGAAGCCCUAGAACAGAGCACCACUGUAUUUUUUCAAGUUGCUCAUACCAUCAGAGGACAUCUUAGGAGGUUUAGAUUCCCAAACCCCAACCAAGCUAAAUCACUUAUGUAAUUGAGACAGAGUUCCUUCUUUUGUCUAGUGAAAGUAUCUUCCUCAAACUCUGUAUCUUUCUUUCAAGGUGGCACAAAAUUGUGUCACUAUUUAGAGCUGCUGCAAAAAAGAGGUGUUUUUAGGGGGCAUAACUCCAGGGAUAACAGCUGUCUUCACAUGUUUCAGAGCCCCCUGCAGACUCCCUAGCAUAUGUGGUUUGCAUUGGCAUGAGUGUGAUUCAUUAAAGCCUUGUCUUGCAUCCUGCCAAAGCAUCAUUUUCUGAGACCCGCUUCACAUCACUCAUAACUGAAGUACUGUAUUUUCUACAGCUUCUUUUUCGUGCACACAGGUGCCUAAAGUCCAAGUGGUUGAGCUUCAAGGAGUAGAGAAACCUAAGUAGAAAUGCACAGAUGCAUUCACAUGUAACACUGCAGUGUUGUGUUUAGUGCAGAUUUAUGCAAUACAGUGUGUGGCAAAGCCUUUCAGAUCCCAGUCUCAAUGCACACUAUUUCCAAGAAUAGUUGUACCCCUUGCUGUUGAAAUUGGUAUGAAACACUCUGACAUUAAAUGCUCUUUUACCUUUGUUUGGAAAUCAAACCCCAAAAAAAUGUCG